ACGUCAAGCUACAGGAAGACAGAUGUGAAGCAUGCGAGGAAGGUUAGCAGGAAGCGACGACAACGCAGAUCCUUCUCUCCUAUGAAGAAAAGGAGAAGGGACUCACCUAGCCAUCUGGAAGCUCGCUGCAUCACAAGUGCCAGGAAGCGACCCAUUCCUUACUUCCGACCCAGUCCCGCCAGUCAGUCCACCAGUGUGUCAUCCUGGAGCAGCCUCUUCACGUGCAGCAGAAGUCGCAGCCCAAUCUACAGCACAAGCCAAAGCAAGAGCAGGAGCUGGAGCCCUUGUUACUCCUCCUACAGCAGCUACAGUCGCAGUUCGUCGUACAACUCCAUUUUUGGGGCCCGCAGUCGCAAGAAAACGAGGUACUGGGGGCGCAAAGGACAAUAAGGUAUUGGAGCGCAGUGCAUCGUUCCACCUGAGGACAAAGAGGUUGGAGACUCAAUCAGUGGUGUUUUCUUGCUCCACUUCGAUGCUGAAUUCAAAGUGUCUCUGCAGGAGUCCGAUCAUUGACUCAGAAAACCCAGAAAACAAAUAUGCUUUUAUACACGGUAUAUCAUUUUUCUAUCGCAUUCUACUGCAUUCACUGUAACAACAGUCUGUGUUUAACCUCAACACAGUUGAUCUUAACAGGUAUAGGACAGGGGUCUGCAACUUUCAACACCAAAUGAGCCAUUUCAAUAAUUUCACCAAAGAAACUUUUUUGCUGGGGAUCCAUAUUUUAAAGGUCACAACC